AUGUCGCUCAGUGACCUAGUAUUAAAUAAAGCGACGGUUAUAGCUAGGAGGUAGCGAGGAUUAUAGCAUCGGCUUUGCCAUUUUAAAUACUACCGGCACAUUCAGCAAGAAUCGACAGCGUCGAAAAUCCAUUUAAGCAGUCAAUCAUUCAUCGUGCAGUAGAUUUUUUUGUAUAAUUUUCCGGAUCAUGCUGAAGUCAGAAGGAAAACGCAUAGCAGAAAAUCAUCAUUUGCCUUGAGCCGCGCUGCAGUGCCAUCACUCUGCCUCUGUCCUGUUGGAUUUCAUCGGCAGAUCGAUCUACAAAACCACACCGCAUUGGGUUUGAACUGGGAUAUUCUCUCUUUUGUCGCGGUUAAGUGUAACGGUUUAGUGUAACUGAAGUUAGUGGUUUGCAGAGGACUGAAUUACAGUUAAACUGGGAUGGACAAUGCCCAUACAAAGACGGUUGAGGAGGUGCUGGGAUACUUCGGUGUCAAUGAGACAACAGGACUGAGCUCUGAGCAAUUAAGGAAAAGCAGGGAAAGAUGGGGCACCAAUGAGUUACCUGCAGAAGAAGGGAAGUCACUAUGGGAACUUGUUCUGGAGCAGUUUGAAGAUCUGCUUGUUCGGAUACUCCUUCUUGCGGCCUGUAUUUCCUUUACUCUAGCCUGGUUUGAGGAAGGUGAAGGAACCAUCACAGCCUUCGUAGAGCCAUUUGUCAUCCUCCUCAUUCUUAUUGCCAAUGCUAUUGUAGGAGUGUGGCAGGAGCGUAAUGCGGAAAAUGCCAUCGAAGCCCUAAAACAGUAUGAGCCGGAGAUGGGGAAAGUGUACAGACAGGACAGAAAGAGUGUACAGAGGGUCAGAGCCAGGGACAUUGUGCCUGGAGACAUUGUGGAGGUGGCUGUUGGUGAUAAAGUCCCAGCAGAUAUCCGACUGACCUCCAUACGCUCUACUACUCUGAGAGUAGACCAGUCCAUCCUGACAGGGGAGUCUGUAUCUGUAAUAAAACACACAGACCCAGUGCCUGACCCCCGUGCCGUCAACCAGGAUAAGAAAAACAUGCUCUUUUCUGGGACGAAUAUCGCAGCAGGACGAGCGAUAGGUGUUGUAGUGGCGACAGGUGUACACACAGAGAUCGGGAAGAUCAGAGAUGAGAUGGCGGCCACCGAUCCAGAGAGAACCCCUCUGCAGCAGAAACUAGACCAGUUUGGAGAGCAACUCUCUAAGGUGAUCACAUUGAUCUGUGUGGCGGUGUGGGGCAUUAACAUCGGUCACUUUAGUGACCCAGUGCACGGAGGCAGCUGGCUGCGUGGAGCUGUGUACUACUUUAAGAUCGCCGUGGCUCUGGCUGUAGCCGCCAUCCCUGAGGGUCUUCCUGCCGUCAUCACCACGUGCCUGGCACUUGGAACACGCCGCAUGGCCCGCAAAAAUGCUAUAGUCCGUUCCCUCCCAUCUGUAGAGACCCUUGGCUGCACCUCUGUCAUCUGCUCUGACAAAACAGGCACUCUUACCACCAACCAGAUGUCUGUCUGCAGGAUGUCUAUUGUGGACAUCGUCGCAGGUGAGAGGUGUUUACUGAACGAGUUUACAAUAACUGGAUCUACUUACGCCCCUGAAGGAGAAGUGUAUAAGGACGGUGUACCGGUACGCUGCAGUCAGUAUGAAGGGCUGGUGGAAAUGGCCUCUAUCUGUGCCCUGUGUAACGACUCUUCGCUGGAUUACAAUGAGAGUAAAGGGGUAUAUGAGAAAGUAGGAGAAGCGACUGAGACGGCACUCUGUUGUCUGGUGGAGAAGAUGAACGUGUUUGACACAGACCUGAAGGGCCUCGCACCUGCCGAAAGAGCCACUGCCUGCUGUUCAGUCAUAAAGCAGUUAAUGAGGAAAGAGCUGACUCUGGAGUUUUCUCGAGACAGGAAGUCCAUGUCUGUUUUCUGCUCUCCAAACAAACUCACUCGCUCUGCUUCAGGUGCCAAGAUGUUUGUCAAGGGGGCACCAGAGAGUGUACUGGAGCGUUGCCGCUGGAUACGGGUAGGAGGUGGUACACGUGUGCCAAUGAGCUCUGACCUAAGAGAGCAGCUCUUAAGCACAGUAAGAGAGUGGGGCUCGGGACGUGAUACACUACGCUGCCUCGCCAUGGCAACCAGGGAUUCACCUCCUGACCCUCGAACCCUGAAUUUAGAGAACUCUGCAACCUUUGCAGAUUAUGAGUCUGACUUGACAUUCGUGGGCUGUGUGGGAAUGUUAGAUCCACCCAGGAAGGAAGUCCUGAGUGCAGUGCGUAUGUGCAGACAGGCUGGCAUACGGGUCAUUAUGAUCACAGGUGACAAUAAGGGCACUGCCCUGUCUAUCUGUCGUCGAGUGGGCAUCAUCACUGAGCAGGAGGAAGAGGAGGCUGAAGGUGGGCCGUAUGGCAGCGGCCUCACAGGACGUGAGUUUGACGAGCUGCCUCCCCACCUGCAGCGGGAGGCCUGCCGCACCGCCCGCUGUUUCGCCCGCGUCGAGCCGACUCACAAGAGCCGCAUUGUAGAAUAUUUGCAAAGCCUAAACGAUAUCACAGCUAUGACGGGUGAUGGUGUAAAUGAUGCUCCUGCUUUGAAGAAGGCUGAGAUUGGCAUUGCUAUGGGCUCAGGCACGGCUGUGGCUAAAUCUGCUUCAGAGAUGAUCUUGGCAGACGAUAACUUUUCAACCAUCGUGGCCGCAGUGGAGGAGGGCCGAGCCAUUUACAACAACAUGAAACAGUUCAUCCGUUACCUCAUUUCUUCUAACAUCGGAGAGGUGGUCUGUAUUUUCCUCACAGCUGCUUUGGGAAUGCCUGAGGCUCUGAUCCCAGUCCAGUUGCUGUGGGUCAAUCUGGUGACUGAUGGCUUCCCAGCUACUGCUCUUGGCUUCAACCCCCCUGACCUGGACAUCAUGUCCCGUCCCCCACGCUCCCCUAAAGAACCACUAAUUUCUGGUUGGCUCUUCUGCAGAUACCUCAUCAUUGGCUGUUAUGUAGGGGCUGCAACAGUUGGAGCUGCUGCCUGGUGGUUCAUGGCAGCUCAUGAUGGACCAAAGCUCAACUACUACCAACUGUCUCACUAUCUGCAGUGCAGUGAAGGUCAUGCUGAGUUUGCAGGAGUGCAGUGCUCAGUGUUCGAAUCUCCAUACCCAAUGACUAUGGCCCUGUCCGUGCUGGUCACUAUAGAGAUGUGCAAUGCCCUCAACAGUUUGUCAGAAAAUCAGUCUCUACUCAAGAUGCCACCAUGGUCAAACCCCUGGCUAGUGGGAGCCAUUUGUCUCUCCAUGGCCCUACAUUUCCUCAUCUUAUAUGUGGACCCUCUUCCUGUCAUAUUUCAGAUCAGGCCGUUGUCUUGGCCUCAGUGGGUGACUGUUCUGAAGAUGUCUCUGCCUGUUAUUUUGAUGGAUGAAGCCCUGAAGUUCUUGGCCAGAAACUACAUUGAGCCUGGCAACGAGUUGCUGCUGGACGAGGACGGAAAUGCUACCAGGGGAGUGAUUGGCAAACUGCAGCGGGCAUUUAGGGGUGUGUCCUGGUCAUUUGUGCUCAUCUCUGCCCCAUUGCUGGUCUGGAUCUUCAGCCUGGACUCAGACAUAACCAAUAUUUUCUGGGAUUAGAAAGGAGGAGUAUGUGUGAAAGUCUAUGUGUGUGUGUGUGUGUGUGUGUGUGUAUGUCUGAGUCAGAGAGGCAGACAGAAAAGCGGCUGAUGUACAGAAGCAGUGUAUGCAUCUAAAGUAGAACGAAUUUUGUGCUCAACCUGAUAAACAGUACGAAUGAAAAGUUGCGGAGCCACUAAAGGGAUAUGGUGAAGGAAAAAAAUAUGAUGGGAGGAAAAAUUAUAUGUCAGUUCUUUUGCUUUCUCUCGCAAAAUGUUUGCGUUCCCCUGAGAAACUUUGCAUUCGUUCGCAAAAGUUUUGCGAGUGAACACAAAGUUCCCCAGGGAACAGAGUUGUCAAAAGUACCAACUUUGGUACCAAUCGGUACUGAAAUUUUAAAAAUGUGAUGCUUUGAGUGCUGUGGAGCGGA